CACUCGUUAUACCGGCACAUCUCGAGUUACCUUUUUACUAGCGAUACAGCGCGGUUUUCGAGUGCGAAAUAAGCCAAAAUGUCGGCGUACAAUUACAUACCAGCCUACCAGGCAUCAAAUAAUCUGAUUGCCGGCUCCAGGGUGCCCGGCGACAGACUCGUUUACCUGGAGAGAAUCGUCAAAAAUUCUAGCUGGGGAAAAGUUCAAGUUAUUGAAAGGACCUUUGAUGUCUCGAGAUGGGGACGUAUCACUCUGAUUGAAGCAUUGGACCAGACGCCGUAUGGCGCGUACGUUAGUAUUCUGGAAGGUGGACUCGGACACAACUACGUCACCAUGAAGUUCCAGAGUCAGAAGGAUCACAGCAUUAAGUUCCUUUUUCAGCUUUUUGCACGGCCUAAUUACCCAUAGUGGAAGCAGUUCUUAUGACUGGUAUGAUGAUUCCUGGAUGCAAUCAGAAUAAAGAAGUAUAACAAUUUUAAAAGCUAUAUCAACCUAGUAUGUUCUGACUUAUUUAUUAUUUUAUUGCCACAGAAAUAUUAUUGCAACAACUGUCAUCAUUGCUUCUAAAACAAGACACGUCACUGAAUAUUCCUAUUAUUCACUUUAAUUGUUUGAUAUCUUGUAUAUAUCACCAAUAAAUCAACGUAAUUGAUACGUAA